CUUAUUUCUGAUGACCAAUAGCUGACUCAUGAAACAGUUAUCAUCAACUUAUAUAUAUAGUGCUGCAAGCAAUGUUCUUAAAACCAUCAACCAAAACAUAAUAAUAUCUCAGUUAUCUUAACAAUAUAGCAAUCCUCUUCAAGAUCAGAAGUCACAAUGAAGGACUUAAUCAGUGAAAAUGUGGUGGGUGUUCCCAUGAGUUCAGCAGUAUGUUCAUUUGAAAGGCAGCCUAAAAGACUACUAUCCCUAUCUUCUUGCCAAGACCAUAUUCCAUCUGCAACAUCAAAGAUCUUAUCUAAAUUAAAGCAACUGAGCCUAAGCCCGAAGCUAACAGAAACUGUGAAGGGGAAAUUGAGCCUUGGAGCAAAAAUUCUUCAAGUAGGAGGGUUGGAGAAGAUAUUCAAACAGAAAUUUAGUGUUAGAGAUGAUGAAAAGCUAUUGAAGGUUUUUCAAUGCAAUUUAUCAACUACAGCUGGGCCAAUAGCAGGCCUUCUCUUCAUCUCUACUGAUAAGAUUGCUUUCUGCAGUAAGAGAUCAAUAAAGCUCUCAUCUCCAACCGGGAAGUCACUUAGAAUUCGAUAUAAGGUAUCGAUCCCAAUAAGUAAGAUCAAUAAAGCAAAAGAGUGUGAAAAUAUGGAGAAGCCAUCACAGAAGUAUGUACAGUUAGUUACAGAGGACGAUUAUGAGUUCUGGUUUAUGGGGUUCUUUAAUAAUCAAAAAACUCUAAGAUAUCUGCAGCAGGCAAUUUCAACUUUCAAGAACUUCAAUCAGCUAAGAAGAUAACUUUUUUUUUAUUUAUUUUGUUUCCUAAUACACCCAUUCAUCAAUGUAAAAUGUUGAUGCAAAAAACAAAUUUGCAGAUCUGUUCAAACUUGUAACUAGCUCCAUUGCUUAAAGGAGGUUUUAGAUUUUUUAGGCUUUAAGCCUUAGUUGUUAAUACGAAUGUAUAGACUUAUUGUAAAACUAAUGCAAACAGGAGGCUAAUUCAUCUUUUGGACUA